AUGGACUAUAAGCCCCACCGGUCAAGUUUAUUGAACGGCCGUCACAGCACUAAGAGGCACUACGGUCCUCGAUGGGCAUCAUGGAACCUCGGGGUGUUUAUGUGCAUCCGCUGUGCCGGCAUCCACCGCAACCUGGGUGUCCACAUCUCCAGAGUCAAAUCUGUCAAUCUGGACCAGUGGACACCCGAGCAGAUCCAGAGUAUGGUGGACAUGGGCAACAGCAGGGCCAAACAGCUGUAUGAAGCCUACCUACCAGAGAACUUCAGACGGCCACAGACAGACCAAGCAGUGGAGGUCUUCAUCCGGGACAAGUACGAGAGGAAGAAGUACUGCAACAAGGAGGCCCUGACUGCAGCUCCACCCAAGUCCUCUGAAGCAGCUCCUCCGUCCACCUCACCGUCCUCCCAGGCUGACAGAAGCCAACAGGAGAAGGAGCAUGAAAAGAAUAAAGAGAAGAAGAAGGAUGUUAAUAAAGUGGAGAAACAAAACAACACAAAGCAGUCCGAGUGUAGAGCCAGUCCCAAGGGAAGCACAGAGCCGGCUGUGGACCUGCUGGGCCUGGAUGCUCCAGAGGGUGAUGGGAGGGGCUCGAGUGGUGCUGCACCAAUCAGCGAUGAACUGGACAUCUUUGGACCAAUGGUCUCCAACCCUCUUCCCUCUUCCAACAACACACAGCAGUCUGGUUCCAGUCAAGCACCUCCACAGGCGGACCCCUCCACCUCGUCCUCUUCCUCCUCCUCUACCUCCACCACUACCACCACGAAGGCGGAGGAGAAGAAGCUUUUAUCUAAAGACUCCAUCCUGUCUCUGUACGCCAGCAGCUCAGUGGCCAGUCAACCGCAGAGCCAGCAUCAGCCUGCUCCAGGACAAGGAAUGUACGUGGGCCAGCCUCAGAUGCCGUUCACUCCGCAGGGUUUUGCUCCAGGGAUGGGAGGAGCCGCCAUGGGCGGAGGAGGGGCCACAAUGCCUGGCAUGGCGAUGCCCAACUGCGGCUACAUGGGCAUACAGCAGCAGGGCGGGUUGCCAGCCAACCAGAACAUUUACAGCAUGCAGCCAGGACAGCAGCAAGGACAGUGGAACAUGAGCCAGAUGACCCAGCAGAUGUCAGGCAUGGAUGUGAGUGGUGGAGUGCCGGCGCCAGCCACUUUCAGCCAGGCAGGGGCCCCUGCGGCUGGCUGGCCCGCGGCUCCACCUGCAGCUACUGGCCAGACCCUCAGCACUCAGCUGUGGAAGUGAGGAAAAGGGGGUCCGGAGGAGUGGGGGAAAAACGGAGGGCAGUUAUAUGGCAACAAAAUACCCCAACAAAAAACCUACACAUCUUCACCGUGAUUCCUUUAAAAAGCCAAGAUAACAUCACACUGGAUUGAGAGAUAAAAAAAAGAAAGACUGGCAGCUGUUGUUUCCCUUCUUUAUUCAGCUUUCCUCAUCCUUUUUGAUUUCUUUUUGUUGUUGUUGUCUGAAGAAAGAGACAAAAACAGCAGAAUCGACAGCAAAAGAAAGCUGCUGGACCAAUAACUUCAAGUGUGUAUUAUAGUAAUAUUAUAGCAUCACCAAAAUGGAUAGUUAGUGAAUAGUCUUUCAAUACCUACAGUAGAUAUGGCUAUCUCAUGGUUGGCUUAUGCUACUAUUAGUGCGUUCCAUUUGUACUCUGAAGUCGGAUUUUCCGAGGUCAAAGUUGGAAACACGCCCCCUGACCUUGGAUUUCCGAGCUCGGACCUCGGACAACCCCGCAGUACCCCAAGUUCAAAAUCCAACAUGGCUUCCCCGUGCAUCAACAGUUGGGAAAGCUGUAGUAACAUACAGUUAUUAGCCCUUCUGUCUUAUUUGUGUAUGUCUAAACCAGUCGUACACACAGUCCUGUCCAUCUUCUAUCUGUGGUAUCUAUGUUGCUACGCUGUUUGUAUGCACAAAAACAGCGCAAUGCGUUGUCAUCAACUGGUAUUGCUAGCUAACCCCAAAAUAAAAAAUCCAACUUGUAAAUGGAACCCAUUCAUCUCGGGUGUGACGCCAUUCCCAGCUCCGAGUUCCAAGGUAAAUGGAAGGCACUAUAUGUCCUCACCCCCCUCUCUGCUGUGUAUAAUGUAACUCUCCCCUCUUCCUCUCUCUCCCUCCCCCUCUCUGUAGGGCGAGCUGAGUCUUGUAGCAGAUAGUCGUCUGAAUAGUACUGUAUUUAUGUGAUUAUGAUGUGAACCUCACACUUUUUCAGAGCCAUAAGAGACAGGUUGAUGCUAAUUUUGGUUUGAGUUCUCUUCAUCCCCAUGGGGGAAAUUAUCUGGAGACGAGGUUCUCCAGUUGACUUUGAGCAUCAUGUGGAGCUAAAUAGGGUUUGACUGACAUGGGUUUAAAGCUGCUUAUACGGUAGAUAGUUAUUUUGCACUGAUUCACUGAGUUAUUGUCACGUAAUUUGACAUUGUAUAAUUACAACCACCUGAGGGGUGGUUUGGAUUGGAGUGUUUUAAUCCAAACCAUGAUCUUUUCCCUAAACUUAACUAGUCUUUUUCGUGCCUAAACUUAACUGCCGUUGUCGUAGCUGUAUCCCUUUUAACCAACUUACAGUAUAUAUUAAAAUAACUGCACCAACCACAGGGUAAACUUUGUUCUAAACAAUAAAGGUUAGCCCAAACAACUAAUGACUGUCCGCACCAGAGGGAAUACCCUUAUUUGCUUUCUUGCUGAGAGUUAGAUUAGAAUAUUGAUACCAAGACCAGACCAGUGCGAGUCCAACACUGCAGGACACGAUGACGUGGGAAAUGCUAACCAUAGGCACUCCUCAAAUUGAUCUGAAAGAGCCACAUUCCAAUAAAAAAACACCCACAGAAAAUUCUUCCACAUUCACCUCUUCCAUAAGUGUAUAAUGUUAAAAAUAAUCAAAAGGCAGUUCAAAUCCUGAGUCCUCUUUAUCUGAGACCAAGACAAGAACGAGUAAAAAUGCAGUCGAUUAUAAGACAUUGUCUGCUAGGUAUCGAGCUUGGUCAAAAGCCAAAAAAAGGUUUUCAACCACUGAUGAAUAUAUACAUACUGUGACGACACUGUCUGGCCAGUUAUCGAGUAUGAGAUGAUGAGAUGAAUAUAUCGGUCUGUUUCUCUACUGCUGCAUACAACCCGCAGGAUUCCCUUUAAGUCUGAGUGAUUGCUGGGCACCCCUGUGUGUCUUUAGUAGCCAUGCUGUGGUGUUUUGAAGUGUUUUUAACCCCUAGUGAGCUGGGUUCAGUGGAUCCUUGUUGUUGAGAACAGCCUCUUCCCCUGCGCUCCCUGAGGCAAAUGAAUGCGUUACUGGAAUCACAGUCGUUUGUCUUUACUGCAGUUUAAAUAGCAGAGCAGGUACUGUAUCUCCGGCUGUGUUGUGGUUUCGUCACUCAGAUCGCUGUCAGGAAACAGCAGAGCAGGGGCUCCAGCCCAAAAAAAAUUCUUAAAAGCCCAGAAUCUUUUAGUCCGAUUUUACUGUCUUUCAGAGGCUGUAGUGGGUUCCGUUUAAAGCUUGUGAAGCUAGAUAUAGCUAUCAUAUGAAACUAAAUAACGCUUCAAAGUUAAAGUUCAUUGAAGGCUACAUUUUGGCCAGGGAAAAACUGAUAUGGCCAUUUUUCAUGGGGUCCCUUGCCCUCUCACUUCCAGAUAUAUGAAUGAAAAUGGGUUCUAUGGGGACCCACAACUUUACAGACAUGUUCACUUUAUGAUAAUCCCAUGUAGUUUUUCCUUGGCAACUAUCAUGUUUUUCACAAAUGGUUUACAGAUUUUUAGGCAUUCUAUUAUCAAAUAGCUUGAAAAAUCUGACCGAUGUGACACCCAAAAUGUUGCUCCCUUCAUGUAUGACGCUAUAACCGUAUGUCUGCCAUCCACCAUCCUUAUUGUGGUGUUUUGUUGUGUGCAGUACAAGAGAAGCACAGUUAGUCUGAAGCAAAUAAACCUGGAUGACCAAUCAGAGGGCUAGAUGAUGAGGGGCUGAGGAGGAACAGGAUUGGACAGUAUGAAAAAGGGGACCUGUAUGAAAACGCUGAUUGGGUCCCAUCACUGCUAUCCAGUCCUUUAUUAGGAGUAAGAACAGAGGAGCAAGAGUAAAAAUGAACAAACAACAAAUACACACACACACACACACACACACACACACACACACACAUACACAGAGUUACCAUCACACUGCAGAGUGCCGAUGCAGAGAUUCAUGUCCGUAUAAACAGGGUCCCUCUGCCAUGCAAUAACUGUAGCACUCUCUUAAACACAUUAGUGUGAACAACACAUAUAAACAUAUUCAUUAAAUCUAUUGUCCUCCAGGUUUAUUUCCAUCGUGUUUACAUUUUCUGGUGCCUAGUACAGAGAAAAGUGGUUUCCGUGCAUUGAAAAAAAAAAAUAAUCCAGGAAUUUUUCUGUGUUCAUGUUUGUCCAAUGACUCUCAACUGUAAAAGUACUGUUUUAUCUUUUUGGAAUUUUAUUUGAUUGCUCCUUUUUUCUGUUCCAUGAUUUACAACAAGGUCAUUUGAAAUAAAGGCUGUUAUAUCCUG